GUUUAUUUUAUGCCAUUAUGCAUAAUAUAUAUUAACUUAAGCUCAAAUUGUAUCUACCUUCUCCCUUCCCUCACAUUAAUCUCAUUCUCUCUGAAUUGGUGACAACUUUUUAGUGAUUGUGUCAUCUGUGACAAGGGAAAAGUAGAAUAUUUAGCUUGGUCAACUUAUGGGGAAUGACACACAAUCUUCAGAAUGGAAAAUGUUCAUAUUCUCAACAAAAGAAAGGGGAAUCAGAGUUCAGCAAAGGCUCAUUGUUUUGCUCUUCCAAGCAAGUCUUGUGUUCAUCAUGUUUCCACUUGUUGGCUCAGAACAAGAUCACAAGAAAAUCAGAGGCAUUCAUGCAAGCAACAACAGAGGCCACAACAUUAAGCAUAUGAAGAUGAAUCCUAGACUUGAGUUUGAAAUCAAAUUGCAUGGAUUUCUUCUGUGGGGUUCUAUGGCAUUCUUGAUGCCUCUUGGUAUAGUAGCAAUUAGAUUCUCAAACAGACAAAGAGGUCAAAGGAGGCUUAGAGUUACAUUCUAUGUUCAUGCAAUUUUGCAGAAGGCUGCUGUACUUAUUGCCACAGCAGGGGCAAUAAUGUCCAUAAAGAAUUUCAACAAUUCGUUUAAUAACAAUCAUCAAAGACUAGGGCUUGCAUUAUAUGGUGUUGUCUGGCUCCAAGUUAUAGUUGGUAUUUUUAGGCCACAAAGGGGAUCAAGAACAAGAAGCAUGUGGUUCUUUGCACACUGGAUAAUUGGAACUGCAAUGUCCUUAUUAGGUGUUAUAAAUGUAUAUCUUGGUUUACAAGCCUACCAAGAAAAAACAUCAAGAAGCAUAACAACUUGGAACAUUCUUUUCACUGUUCAGAUAUCUUUGAUUGUUUUCUUCUACCUUGUUCAAGAAAAAUGGGACUACAUAAGAAAACAAGGAGUAGCCUUAGGCAAUGAACUGUUGGAUUUGGAUCCCUCUUUGCAAGAAAUUGGUUCAGAUAACAAGAAGGGAUUCAAGGCAGAAUCUGUUUAAGGAAAGAUGAAUCAAUGCCUUACCAUUGUUGAUCUUCAAAUUUACAAAGGAUACAUGUUUUUGAAACAUCUUUGAGUAUUGAUGAAUGAGAAUUUAUUUUUUCA